GAUGCCUCUGUCAGUCUUCGGCAAUCCUAUGGACUCUUCCCUCCUUUGUUUUCAACCCCGCCGUGGUUUCCCGCCUGUAAAACUGACGUCCAGAGGACAGGCACUCAAGCGUCCUGUGCUCCAGUCACAGCCAUCUCUAUCCUUCCCUGAGGAGCCAGCAAACCCUCAGGAAGAUUUGCUAUCGCUAGGAGAAACUGAGGCAGAAAGGGCAGGCUGCUGUUUUAAGACCGAAGCAUGGAUUUCAGAACCCCUGACCUGCUGGAAAUGUGGCUGGAGCCUCCAGAAGACGUCUUCUCAACAGGAUCCUUCCUGGAGCUGGGACUCCAUGGUCCACCUUCAGAGGUCCCAGUAACUAGGCUACAGGAACAGGGGCUGCAAGGCUGGGAGUCCAGUGGGGGCCAUGGCUGUGGUCUUCAAGAGAGUGAGCCUGAAGAUUUCCUGAAACUUUUCAUUGAUCCAAAUGAAGUGUACUGCUCAGAAGCCUCUCCUGGCAGUGACAGUGGAAGCUCUGAGGAUCCUCGCCAUCCAGACAGUCCCCCUGCCCCCAAGCCACCCAGUUCCCCUGCCCUCUAUGACGUUGUCUAUGAGGCAGGGACCCUAGAGAGGAUGCAGGGGGAAGCUGGGCCAGCUGUAGGGCUCAUCUCCAUCCAAAUAGGUCAGUGUUCUUUGUGGGAAGCGGACAAUGGCCCUUCAGGCCCAGCCCUAACCCUGGGGUUAAGGGAGUUUCCCCAACCUGUGCCACUACCCAGGGCCUGCGGCCAUCCAUCUCCUUUCUCCCAGCCACCUAUGUUUCCCUCAGAUCAGUGGAGCCCACCGUUUAUGGUGCCUGAUGCCUGUGUGGUCAGUGAGCUGCCUCCCGAUGCUCAUGCCCACAUCCUGCCCAGAGCAGGCCCUGUAAACUCAGUGCCUCCUGCAGCCCUGCUGCCCUGUCAAACCUUGUUCCUGACAGAAGAGGAGAAACGUCUGCUGGGACAGGAAGGGGUGUCCCUACCCUCUCACCUGCCCCUCACCAAGGCAGAGGAGAGGGUCCUCAAGAAGGUCAGGAGGAAAAUCCGUAACAAGCAGUCAGCUCAGGACAGUCGGCGGCGGAAGAAAGAGUACAUCGAUGGACUAGAGAGCAGGUAUGUUUGGACUCACAUUUCUGGAUUCACGACUGGGCCCCCUUCCUCACCAAGGCAGGCAAGGUCAGGGACUCAUGAUUACAGAGCCUUAUCCUACCUUUCCACCCUUCCUAGGGUGGCUGCCUGUUCUGCACAGAACCAGGAACUACAGAAAAAAGUCCAGGAGCUGGAGAGGCACAACAUCUCCCUGGUGACUCAGCUCCGCCAGCUGCAGAUGCUUAUUGUUCAAACCUCCAACAAAGCUGCCCAGACUAGCACUUGUGUUCUGAUCCUUCUUUUCUCCUUGGCUCUCAUCAUCCUGCCCAGUUUCAGCCCCUUUCAGGGCUUACCAGAAGCUGGGCCUGAGGAUUACCAGCCUCAUGGAGUGAUUUCCAGAAACAUCCUGACUCACAAGGACAUGACAGAAAAUCUGGAGAAUCCAGCGGUGGAGUCCAGAUUGGAGGGGUCACCUGGGGCCAAGGGUGUAAAUGGCUCAACAAGGACACUGCUUGAGAAGACAGGAGGGAGGGCAGGCCCCAGCAGGCACAUCAGAACUGUGCUGCAUGCAGAUGAGAUGUGAGCUGUAACACCUCCUGGCCCACUUCCCAAUCACAAUAAGGAAUCCAGGGCUCCGCUGGCUGUGGUUCUGCUUCCUCCUGGGGUUCCCACUCAGGGCUGUUUGGCCUCAGGGGUCUGAAUCACAUCAGGAUGCCCUAGAUGUCUGUACCCCAUGGCUCAGUCUGCCUAUGUCAAGGGGCACCUCAAAUACUUUUGUCAUGUAUCUGUGAUUUUAUUUCUUCUUUGGGGAUAGGGUUGAGGGGAAACUGACAUUUUGGCUGAGAAAUAAAUUUUUUUUGCUAAAAUUG